AUGUGGAAGCUGCUUUUCAAGAGCCAUAAGUCGUGGCCGGAGACAACCGAAGACCUCGGCUACGACUGCACCCAUGCUGCGACCCCCGCUGCAAUGCAGGCGUCAGCUGCCCAUGCCGCCAAAGCGUCCGAGCUAAGGCGAAAGUUAGAGGAAAAGCAAGCUGACACAUCUGAGGUUGAGACCCUCAAGAGCACGCUGGCCGAAGCCAAGAAGGGGGCGGAGGAGGAACGAGCCGCCCGCCUGAAAUAUGAAGCAAGGGUGGGGGAAGUCCAGCAAGAGCUGAAGGAUGCGAUAAACAAUUCUGAGUCCUUAGAGCGCAAGAUUUUGGAUCAGAAUUCCGAACUUGCUAAGAGCCUCCAAAGUGCACAGGAGGCCCGGAUUGAAGCCCAAAGCGCUGUACGGGAGAUCCAAGAGGCAAAGCAGAUUGCGGCGGGUGCGCGGAUGGCCUUCGCUCGUGUCAAGGUGAAGUGGGCGAAGAUGGACGCCGUCAAGCUCGCAACCGAGGGACUGCCCGUAGGCAAAGAGCACCGCAUGCCGGAGCGGUAUUUCAAUGAUGUCUUGAAAGGAUCCCGUAUUGUAGAGGGCCAGUAUUCGAAGGCCAUCAUUUUUGAAUGA